AGGAGACUUCAAGACCUAAAAAGGAUUGAGAUGUGAAGUUCCGUCAUGGCGUCCUCGAAGAAAGGAUCAAACUGUUUAAAAACAAGACAAAAAGUACAACAUGCACUAACCAAUCCCCCAACCAAAACGACAAGUGCUUUCUCUCCUAAGCAUUGACUCCAGCUUCCGGAGGCGGUAUCGUGCUCGCAUGGAGUCCCUUCCACCUCCCCUCGUCAACCGCAAGUGGCUGCUCUGCACCCUGGCCUGCUUCCUCGGCUAUCUCCUCAUCUCCUACAGCCUUCAGAAAGUGUACCGCCCGAGCACGACCAUCGCAUCUUUUCCAGACCUCGACGGCACUGCUCAUGUAAGCAAAAAGCCCUCCACCGUGCCUUCGCUUGCAGAAGCAUCGGCAGAGACUUAUGUAGAGGUUCCACCUGUCAGCACUGCCCCCGCGCCUUGUGAAGCUUUUGUGCAAAAGUUGGAGCCGACGCCUACUCCUCCAUCGGUCAUCGCGGCCAUGUACCCACGGGCAACCACCGAGGCGGAUGCGUCUCCACAGCCCAGCGCGGUAGCAGGGAUGGCCUUCUCACCAUCCGACAAAGCAGAGCUUCCGUCUCCGGAUUCUAGCCUGGUGCAUGUCACGAAUUCCUCGGGGUCUCCGAUCAUGGCGCUUCCACCUAAGCAGUCUAAUGAUGUCGAUGCAAAUACUUCUUCCUACUCCUCACAAAUUAUCACAACCAAAGAAAUCCUUACAGCCGAAGCGACGACACCGGCAGCUCGCGCCACCGAAGAGGGAAACGUGGUGAAGGAGAAGAAGAAGUGCGACGUGUUCGACGGCAGGUGGGUGUACGACCGGAAGAGGUACCCUCUUUACCCGUCGCAAUGGUGCCCCUUUCUCACCGACCAAGUAAGCUGCCAGAGGAACGGCAGGCCCGACUCCGACUACGAGCACUGGCGGUGGCAGCCUAAUGGCUGCGACCUUCCGAGGUUUAAUGGGAGCGAGAUGCUGGAGAGGUGGAGAGGGAAGCGAGUGGUGAUCGUCGGUGACUCCCUCAACAGGAACAUGUGGGAGUCGCUCGCCUGCAUGCUCUACUCGUCGGUGCGCCGGAAGCGCGCCGACGUCAAGUUGCACGGCUCAGAUUACAAGGUGUUCCGAGCCCUGGAUUAUGAUUGCUCGGUGGAGUUCUUUUGGAGCCCCUUCCUGGUAGAGCUGAAGGAAAGGGAAGACCAUGCCAAGAUCCUAAGGCUCGACAAGCUCCCGGCAGAAGAACGCCGAUGGCUGGGUGCCGACGUCAUGGUGUUCAACACCGGCCACUGGUGGACGCACCGCGGCAAGAUGAGGGCGUGGAACUACUUCGAGUGCAGCGAAGGGUUGAUGGAGGACAUGGAAGCGGAGGAGGCGUUCCAAAGGGCACUCCGGACUUGGGCGCAGUGGGUCGACCGAAACGUGGACCCGGCCAGGACCGCCGUCUUCUUCAGGAGCAUCUCGCCCGAACACAAGAGGGAAAACUUACACUGGUGCUACAACCAGACCCACCCCAUCACCAACGACACUUAUCUGCAGCAGUUUCCGAGAUCCAUGGUGUCGCUUGCGGAGACGACCAUCGGGAAGAUGAGAACCCCGGUGACGUAUCUGAACAUCACACGGCUGUCGGAGUACCGGCGAGAUGCGCACACAUCCAUUUACACAUCCAGGCAAGGGAAGCUGCUAACGGCGGAGCAGAGGAAGGAACCCGCGAGAUAUGCCGACUGCAGCCAUUGGUGCCUUCCAGGAUUGCCCGAUACUUGGAAUGUUCUUCUCUUUGCUUCCCUCCUCAUGGGAACAACCCCCUCCAUCAUUUCAUAGAUCUUUUCAUCGUGUAGUGCUCCUUCAGGAUUGCCACUUAAUUAUUUUCUGGACAUGAAAAGGAUCAUAUUUAAAUUUAGGAGCUCAACCCAAAAGAAUCCAUGUAGCUAAUUAAAAAAAUGUACAGAACGUACAUAAACAAGAAAGAA